AUGGCACUGCGCGCAUUGGAAGGGCUUCCCUGCAUUGUGACAUCACCGGUGGCAGUUGAUGUUUGGGUGGCAGUUGAGGUUGGAGAGGUAGUUGAAGGUCUUGCCUCUCAGAUGGCUCUGGCCAACCACAGCACAGAGGAGCGAUUCCUCCUGCUGGGAUUCUCUGACUGGCCCUCGCUGCAGCCAGUCCUGUUCACCCUUGUGCUCCUCUGCUACCUGCUCACUCUAACCGGCAACUGCGCGCUAGUGCUGCUGGUCAUGCGCGACCCGCGUCUGCAUACGCCCAUGUACUACUUCCUUUGCCACCUGGCCCUGGUGGAUGCCGGCUUCACCACCAGCGUGGUACCCCCGCUGCUGAUCAACCUGCGGGGAUCGGCGCUCAGGCUGCCCCGCGGCGGCUGCAUGGCACAGCUGUGCGCCUCGCUGGCCCUGGGAUCUUCUGAGUGCGUCCUGCUGGCGGUGAUGGCGCUGGACCGCGCGGCCGCCGUGUGCCGCCCGCUGCGUUACGCGGGGCUCGCCUCGCCUCGCCUCUGCCGCGCGUUGGCCAGCACCUCCUGGCUGGGCGGUCUCUGCAACUCCGCCGCUCAAACCGCGCUCUUGGCCUCGCGGCCGCUCUGUGCACCCCUCCAGCUGGACCACUUCAUCUGCGAGCUCCCCGCGCUGCUCAAGCUGGCCUGCAGCGGCGGCAGAGACACCAUAGAGCGCCAGAUGUUUGCCGCUCGCGUGGUUAUACUGCUGGUGCCAUCCACCGUCAUCCUGGCCUCCUAUGGCGCUGUGGGCCACGCCAUAUGGAGCAUGCGGUCCAGCGGAGGCCGGAGGAAAGCUGUGGGUACGUGUGGCUCCCACCUGACAGCCGUCUGUCUGUUCUAUGGUUCUGCUAUCUAUACCUACCUGCAGCCCACGCACAGCUACAACCAGGGGCGGGGCAAAUUCGUGUCGCUCUUCUACACUGUGGUCACCCCUGCCCUCAACCCGCUCAUCUACACUCUCCGGAAUAAGGAAGUGAAGGAGGCAGCCAGGAGGCUCCUGGGGAGUCUGGGGAGAACUCAAGCCAGGCACUAAGUGGCUUUGGAAGGGGAAAAAGGUUUAGCCCAGAGCCUACAGAUGGAAAUGCCCAGUAGACAGUUGCUUUGGUCUUGGGGCAGUUCAUUUUCUUAUGAGAAUUUUCAAGAUUCGUCCUUAGGGAGACUAAGGACGGGAGGAGGUUGCGUUGUUUCAUCAGAUAAGGGUCAAAUUCUUCAGAGAAAAUGCCUGUAUCAUAUAUAUUCAUA